ACGCGCGCGCGCACGCCAGCACAAUGCUUAUAACCGUUUUGGUUUUGUCGUUAGCAUGCGCGAUCGUCGCUGAAAACGACACAAAUAUUGAUGACAAGGUCCUUAAAAGCUUAGCCGAUUUGAUAGAUGAGAAUAAAAGCUUGGAUGCCAGUGAUAUUUCUCGAUUAUACAGGGCUGCGCAAGCGCUGGGUUUAGAUAGAGAAUUGGUGAAUAAGUUAUCACAGGGGUUGAAUGGAUCUGAGAGAGUUAUACAUAAAGACGCUGGGUAUAACAUAUAUGCUGAUUCGGAAAAGGGUCCUUUGGGUGAAUCUCCGGAUUAUGCAUCGUCAGUAGUUUUGGCGAGUGAUCUGCUUGCUUUGACAAGUGCAGUUGGUAAUGUUGGCGAUAAGCUGUGUAGAGAGCAAGGAUAUAGGUUCCUGGAUGGCUUGCUUUCCAACAAGCGAUGGGCUUUGAAAAUGUUCGACGCAUCAGCGAAGUCCCCACAAGGCCUGCUUUUUGGUUCAUCCUACCAUUUGGGUAACUUUGACGAGUGUAUGGAUAUAAAUGAACCAGGUGAUGGGUUGACUGUUGAGGGACAAUACUGCCUUGCGACUAUUAAAUGGCGGGAAGGAGAGGAAACCAAAAAGAUCCGCACUGGUCGUGGUGAGAGUCUACGUUGGGCAGUCUGUGUACCAAGUGUAUGCGAUGCGCGAUCAGUCGAGCGAUUUGUUGGCGGUGUUCUGAAACAUUCCGUUGGAAAUACAACUAGAGUCGAAGUCAUUGAUAAGGAUUGCUAUACACGAAGACCGUUGAGUGUUAAUAAGCUCGAUAUUACAUUUAUUGUUAUCAUUAUUUUUUUUGGCGUUGUACUAACGUUCACCACUAUAUAUGAGAUAUAUGCUAUACGACACAACAAAAAGGGAGGUACGGCUCAUGAUCUCAUUGUGUCCUUUUCACUUAUUAAUAAUAUGAAAAAAAUACUUUCGACAAAGCAGAAUAAUAGCCUGGGAUUGGAAUGCGUCACUGGAAUGAGGGCAUUGGCAAUGUUUUUUAUAGUAGCAGGUCACGCCUGUCUAUUUAUAGGGAGUGGCCCAGUCAUGGACGCCAAAGCUUGGGAUAGGUUAAUCCAGGAUCCAUUAAACUCGUUUAUGUUGAAUAAUGCGCUGUUAGUGGACACUUUCCUCUUCCUUAGUGCUUUUCUCUUUAGCCGUUUAUUACUGAUUGAGUUGGACAAAUGCAGAGGCAGGCUAAAUUUUAUACCAAUAUUGAUCUUCCGAUAUAUAAGAAUUACACCAGCGUACUUCGUCGUCAUUCUGUUCUACAUGACAUGGCUACCGAAAAUUGGCGAGGGUCCUCUCUGGGGUAACAGAAUACAAUUAGAGCAAGAGCGGUGCAUGGAUACUUGGUGGGCCAAUAUAUUGUAUAUCAGUAAUUACGUCAUGACAGAUCGUAUGUGUAUGUUCCAGUCCUGGUACUUAUCAGUUGACACUCAAAUGUUCUUCGUGGCGCCUAUAUUCAUUUACAGUAUGUGGCACUGGAGAAGAUUUGGAUCUGCCUUAAUUGCGAUGGCAAUUAUAGUAUCUCUCGUUAUACCAUCAGCAAUCACAUACAAAGACCAUUUGGAUCCAACAAUUUUGUUUUAUGCGAAAGAAUUUACGGACUUCGACACAAACUUCUACUUUGUUGAAGCAUAUAUCAGAACACAUAUGAAGAUGACCCCUUACUUGAUGGGACUGCUCACUGGAUAUAUUCUCCACAGAAUUCAAUCAGAAAAUUAUCAAUUCUCAAACCUCCUCAAGACUUUCGGCUGGAGUACCAGCGUAAUUUUGGGCACCGUGACCACCUUCUCCGUGAGCCUGUUCUAUCAGGACUGGUACGAGUACAGCACAAUAGAAGCUGCGGCAUACAUAUCUUUACACAAAUUUGCAUGGAGCAUCGCUAAUGGCUGGCUUAUUAUUGCUUGCGCUACCGGAAAUGGAGGCGUUUUAGGAAAGCUUUUAGCGUGGAGAUUUUUAGUGCCAAUAUCAAAGUUAACAUUUUGCGCUUACCUAGUCAAUGGCGUCGUGGAGUUGUACUACGUGGGACAGUUGCGACAUCCUCUGCAUAUAACCUUCUUUACAAUAGCGGCGAAUGCAAUCUCUCAUUUGGUAUUAACAUUUUUCCUUGCCCUGAUUCUGUGUAUAAUGUUUGAGUCACCAUUACACGGCAUCGAGAAAAUACUGUUGCGGAGAUUUUCUCGUCCAGUCCUUAGUGACAACGCAACGAGGAAGACUGAAGACGAAUUCUCACGUAAUACUAGUCAGAGUAGGUUAGACACGUAGCACUAAUUGUAUUGUUAUAAGUACUUGAGUAAAAGACAAAAGAAGGGGAAAGAAUAUAUAUUCUAAGGAAAAAGUCAUGAUAGAAUGUUGUCUGUCAAAAAAACCUUUUAAUUGCAAUGAAGAACUGGCCCGAACUUUUCAAAACUACAUAUAUUUUACUUACUUUCCCAGCAAAGCUUUAGAUUUUACUUUAAUAUAAAAGCUGGUCUUUCCAUUAGUACGAGUAGCUUUUUCAAAUUAUCUCAUGGUAGCUGACGAUGUUUAGAAAUAAUAAAGUGUUUAUAAAACGACGGUGGUAGUAGUGGUUAGUAGCUAGGAUUUUUAGGAAAUUAUUUGUAAAUUAUAAACAGGAUAGUAGAAUAAGAAUGUAAUGGGAAUACAAUAAUAGCAUCAAACAGCAUAAUUCUUAGCAUAAGUAGUUUUAAUAAGUCUGACAAAAAUGUUGUUAUAUGUGAUAUCGAAUAGUUUCUCAGAAUAAUUUUGAGAUAAGCAUAAAGUCGAGGUAUUUUACAUAAAUUAAUUUUAUGACGUAAAAUAAAGUAAUUGUUAAUACAAAAUUAAACCUCAUUUAUAAAUGCAAUGUAAUCCUCAAACUUGGAAUGUUUUAACUCUUAUGUAAAACAAUCAAUUUAGGUUUAAAGUAUGGUAAAUAGCAGUUCACAAUAGCAUUCGAGAUUAGUCUUACUUGGUGUAUACUCUGAAAUCUCUAAAUAUUAUGAAGUAUGUCAUUCGUAAAAUAUAAGAGAAUAUGAGAAAGCGUGUUAUUUCACCGUUAUUUAAACGCUUAGAGUAUUGUUAGGCAUAUAACGUUGUAAAUAUUGCUCAAUUUUAUACCAAUUAAAUAUUUUUAUUUUUAUAA